GUCAACUACGAUAUCAUGAAAUCCUAUUAUUGUUUCCAAUUUUGAUAAAAUGUGCCAAUUUCGCAGCGAUCAAACUAAAAGAUCAGCGUAGGAGAUAAUAAAGACGCUACUCCGUGUAUCACUCAUCCUUUUGGUGUCGUGGCAGAGAUCACUGAUGAUAAAUUACUACCAAAACAGGUGCGGAAACGUCUCCGAUUUGUUGAAUCGUGUGAAACUCUUAAAAUUAGCAGAUAUACUGUACAAUCUCUGUGACCUUGAUUGACGACCCCAGUUGGUCGGACGGAUGAUCGAGUAGCGGAAUAUUUUGAAUGGGCAAAGAAGGUGAUUGACGCAGUGCGAGAUCUAUGUUAGAUGUUUCAAAGAAGUGGACUUGUAUUGGCCUAAUUAUUGUGCCCCUUUGAGCACUAGGAUGGCACCAAAAUCAUCCCUCACUUGUGUACAAUGCGAGAAAUCAUUUUUGACCAAGCAAAGUCUUGUCAGACAUAUUUGCAUUCAUACAGGAGAAAAACCGUUCCAAUGCCAAUAUUGUGAGAAAUCAUUUUCAGGUAAGAGGAAUCUUUUGUCUCAUAAACGUAUUCAUACUGGAGAAAAACCAUUGAGAUGUCUGCUAUGUGAGAAAUCAUUUGUAACCAAGCAAAAGCUUAUACAACACAUAUGCCAGAACAAUGGAGGAAAACCAUUCCAAUGCAAAUAUUGUGAGAAAUCAUUUUUACAGAAGAGACAUCUAUUGACUCAUGGACGUAUUCACACUGGAGAAAAACCAUUCAAGUGCAAGUAUUGUGAGAAACAAUUUUCACAGAAUGGACAUCUAUUGACUCAUGAGCGUAUCCACACAGGAGAAAAGCCACACAAAUGCAAAUAUUGUGAGAAAUCGUUUUCACAGACGGGAUGUCUAGUGACUCAUGAACGUCGUGUUCACACUGGAGAAAAACGAUUCAGAUGUGUGCAAUGUGAGAAAUCAUUUGUAACUCGGCAAAAGCUUGUAAUACAUAUUCGUAAGCACACAGGAGAAAAACCAUUCCAGUGCAAAUAUUGUGAGAAAUUGUUUUCACGGAGUGACAGUCUAUUGACGCAUGAGCGUAUUCACAUAGGAGAAAAACCAUUCAAAUGCAAAUAUUGUGGGAAAUCAUUUUCAGGGAAGAGGAAUAUUUUGAAUCAUGAACGUGUUCACACUGGAGAAAAACCAUUCAGAUGUGUACAAUGUGAGAAAUCAUUUGUAACUAAGCAAGGUCUUGUAAUGCAUAUUCGUAAGCACACAGGAGAAAAACCAUUCCAGUGCAAAUAUUGUGAGAAAUCGUUUUCACGGAGUGGAAGUCUAUUGGCUCAUGAGCGUUUUCACACAGGAGAAAAGCCAUUCCAAUGCCAAUAUUGUAAGAAAUCAUUUUCACAGAAGGGAUAUCUUUUGACUCAUGGACGUAUUCACACUGGAAAAAAACCAUUCCAGUGCAAAUAUUGUGAGAAAUCAUUUUCACAGAAGGGACAUCUAUUGACUCAUGGACGUAUUCACACUGGAGAAAAACCAUUCAAGUGCAAGUGUUGUGAGAAACAAUUUUCACAGAAUGGACAUCUAUUGACUCAUGAGCGUAUCCACACAGGAGAAAAGCCAUUCAAAUGCAAAUAUUGUGAGAAAUCAUUUUCAGAUAAGAGCAGUAUUUUGAAUCAUGAACGUGUUCACACUGGAGAAAAACGAUUCAGAUGUGUGCAAUGUGAGAAUUCAUUUGUAACCAAGCGAAGUCUUGUAAUGCAUAUUCGUAAGCACACAGGAGAAAAACCAUUCCAGUGCAAUUAUUGUGAGAAAUUUUUUUCACGCAGUGGAAGUCUUUUGAAUCAUGAGCGUAUUCACACAGGAGAAAGACCGUUCAGAUGUGUACAAUGUGAGAAAUCAUUUGUAACCAAGCAAAGUCUUGAAAUGCAUAUUCGGAUUCACACUGGAGAAAAACCAUUCCAGUGCAAGUAUUGUGAGAAAUCAUUUUCACAGACUGGACAUCGAUUGAUUCAUGAGCGUAUUCACACUGGAGAAAAACCGUUUAGAUGUGUACAAUGUGAGAGAUCAUUUUUCUCAAAGCAGGCUCUUGUCAGUCAUAGUCAUGUUCAUGCAGGAGACGAACCAUUCCAACUCAGCUUCAACUGUAAAUAUUGUCAUAAAACCUUUAAGAGUGAGUCUGGCUUACGAAAACAUAAACGCAGCCACAAUGAUACUUCUCGUAAUACUCGCAAGGUGUCUGAUGCAAGUCCCGGCAAGGAUAAACGGUUAAAGUCAAAAAGUGGCAAAGCUAUGAAAAGUUCUCGUUCAAGGUCUCGUUGUGAGCAAACUGAUGUGGGAGAAGAUGCAGUAGUAUUAACUGGUCCUUCAAAUAACAAUAAUUCUCCAAAUGGACAAAACCCAGUCCCUGCAAGUUCUGCGACGUAUGAAUGUUUGAUCAGCAGAGAGCCUGAGAGUGAGGUAUCAAAGUUGCCUGCUGCAGUCGGGUGUUUGGACAUGGAUAUCAAGGAUGCUGCUGCAAAAAUUGCUGUUAUCAAUGGGAAUGAAACUGUUGGUCUGGGUACUGCCAAAAGAGAAGAUUAUGAAGUUUUGCGGCUGGGUGUGAAACGAGAUUCGAUUGAUCAUAAUUCUAAUCAGCUUGGAAAUGUUAAAAGUCAACUCAUUGACAUGUUUGCUGCCGACCAGUCUGAUGGAAGUGUUGAACCAGCCCUCACAUCUGCUACAGGGCAGUCCAGGGUUGAACUAGACAUACGUUCUGUUCAUGUUACAGAGGAGAGAAAUGUCAACAGUGGGGCCUUCAACCUGCCAUGUAACACAUCUCCUAUAGAACAGUCCAAUGUCAAAAGUGAGCCAUGUAACACAUCUCCUAUAGAACAGUCCAAUGUCAAAAGUGAGCCAUGUAACACAGGAAAGGUCAAAGGUGAGCCGUUCGACGCAUUUCCUAAAGAGGGGGCCAAUGUCAAAAGUGAGCCAUGUGACUUGUCUCUUCUAGAGCAGGUCAAUGUAAAAAGUAAGCAGUGUGACAUGUCUCUUCAAGAGCAGGGUUAUAUCAUAGAGGUAGUGAGACCGUGUGAAAUGUCAGGUAACAUGUCUCCUGUUAAGCAGGCAGAUGUCAAAGGUGAGCCGUUUGACGGCGCAUUUCCUAAAGAGGGGGCCAAUGUCAAAAGUGAGCCAUGUGACACAUCUCCUACAGACCAGGUCAAUGUAAAAAGUGAGCAAUAUGACUUGUCUCUUCAAGAGCAGGGAUAUAUCAUACAGGUAGUUGGACCAUGUGACAUAUAUCCUACAGAUCAGGCCAAUGUCAAAGGUGAACCAGGUGACAUGUGUCCUUUCGAACAGGCCAAGGUGAUAAGAGAAAAGCCACACAAAUGCAUUUAUUGUGAGAAAUCGUUUUCACAGACGGGAUGUCUAGUGACUCAUGAACGUCGUGUUCACACUGGAGAAAAACGAUUCAGAUGUGUGCAAUGUGAGAAAUCAUUUGUAACUCGGCAAAGGCUUGUAAUACAUAUUCGUAAGCACACAGGAGAAAAACCAUUCCAGUGCAAAUAUUGUGAGAAAUUGUUUUCACGGAGUGACAGUCUAUUGACGCAUGAGCGUAUUCACACAGGAGAAAAACCAUUCAAAUGCAAAUAUUGUGGGAAAUCAUUUUCAGGGAAGAGGAAUAUUUUGAAUCAUGAACGUGUUCACACUGGAGAAAAACCAUUCAGAUGUGUACAAUGUGAGAAAUCAUUUGUAACUAAGCAAGGUCUUGUAAUGCAUAUUCGUAAGCACACAGGAGAAAAACCAUUCCAGUGCAAAUAUUGUGAGAAAUCGUUUUCACGGAGUGGAAGUCUAUUGGCUCAUGAGCGUUUUCACACAGGAGAAAAGCCAUUCCAAUGCCAAUAUUGUAAGAAAUCAUUUUCACAGAAGGGAUAUCUUUUGACUCAUGGACGUAUUCACACUGGAAAAAAACCAUUCCAGUGCAAAUAUUGUGAGAAAUCAUUUUCACAGAAGGGACAUCUAUUGACUCAUGGACGUAUUCACACUGGAGAAAAACCAUUCAAGUGCAAGUGUUGUGAGAAACAAUUUUCACAGAAUGGACAUCUAUUGACUCAUGAGCGUAUCCACACAGGAGAAAAACCAUUCCAGUGCAAAUUUUGUGAUAAAUCAUUUCCACAGAAGGGAAAUCUAUUGAUUCAUGGACGUAUUCACACUGGAAAAAAACCAUUCCAGUGCAAAUAUUGUGAGAAAUCAUUUUCACAGAAGGGACAUCGAUUGACUCAUGAGCGUAUCCACACAGGAGAAAAACCAUUCCAAUGCAAAUAUUGUUAUAAAUCAUUUCCACAGAAGGGAUAUCUAUUCAUUCAUGAGCGUAUUCACACUGGAGAAAAACCAUUCCAGUGCAAGUAUUGUGAGAAAUUAUUUUCACGCAGUGGAAGUCUUUUGAAUCAUGAGCGUAUUCACACAGGAGAAAGACCGUUCAGAUGUGUACAAUGUGAGAGAUCAUUUUUCUCAAAGCAGGCUCUUGUCAGUCAUAGUCAUGUUCAUGCAGGAGACGAACUAUUCCAACUCAGCUUCAACUGUAAAUAUUGUCAUAAAACCUUUAAGAGUGAGUCUGGCUUACAAAAACAUAAACGCAGCCACAAUGAUACUUCUCGUAAUACUCGCAAGGUGUCUGAUGCAAGUCCCGGCAAGGAUAAACGGUUAAAGUCAAAAAGUGGCAAAGCUAUGAAAAGUUCUCGUUCAAGGUCUCGUUGUGAGCAAACUGAUGUGGGAGAAGAUGCAGUAGUAUUAACUGGUCCUUCAAAUAACAAUAAUUCUCCAAAUGGACAAAACCCAGUCCCUGCAAGUUCUGCGACGAAUGAAUGUUUGAUCAGCAGAGAGCCUGAGAGUGAGGUAUCAAAGUUGCCUGCUGCAGUCGGGUGUUUGGACAUGGAUAUCAAGGAUGCUGCUGCAAAAAUUACUGUUAUCAAUGGGAAUGAAACUGUUGGUCUGGGUACUGCCAAAAGAGAAGAUUAUGAAGUUUUGCGGCUGGGUGUGAAACGAGAUUCGAUUGAUCAUAAUUCUAAUCAGCUUGGAAAUGUUAAAAGUCAACUCAUUGACAUCUUUGCUGCCGACCAGUCUGAUGGAAGUGUUGAACCAGCCCUCACAUCUGCUACAGGGCAGUCCAGGGCUGAACUAGACAUACGUUCUGUUCAUGUUACAGAGGAGAGAAAUGUCAACAGUGGGGCCUUCAACCUGCCAUGUAACACAUCUCCUAUAGAACAGUCCAAUGUCAAAAGUGAACCAUGUAACACAUCUCCUAUAGAACAGUCCAAUGUCAAAAGUAAGCCAUGUAACACAUCUCCUAUAGAACAGUCCAAUGUCAAAAGUAAGCCAUGUAACACAUCUCCUAUAGAACAGUCCAAUGUCAAAAGUGAGCCAUGUAACACAUCUCCUAUAGAACAGUCCAAUGUCAAAAGUGAGCCAUGUAACACAUCUCCUAUAGAACAGUCCAAUGUCAAAAGUGAGCCAUGUAACACAUCUCCUAUAGAACAGACCAAUGUCAAAAGUAAGCAGUGUGACAUGUCUCUUCUAGUGCAGGGUUAUAUCAUAGAGGUAGUGAGACCGUGUGAUAUGUUAGGUAACAUGUCUCCUUCUAAGCAGGGAAAGGUCAAAGGUGAGCCGUUCGACGCAUUUCCUAAAGAGGGGGCCAAUGUCAAAAGUGAGCCAUGUGACUUGUCUCUUCAAGAGCAGGUCAAUGUAAAAAGUAAGCAGUGUGACAUGUCUCUUCAAGAGCAGGGUUAUAUCAUAGAGGUAGUGAGACCGUGUGAAAUGUCAGGUAACAUGUCUCCUGUUAAGCAGGCAGAUGUCAAAGGUGAGCCGUUUGACGGCGCAUUUCCUAAAGAGGGCGCCAAUGUCAAAAGUGAGCAAUGUGACUUGUCUCUUCAAGAGCAGGGAUAUAUCAUUCAGGUAGUUGGACCAUGUGACAUAUAUCCUACAGAUCAGGCCAAUGUCAAAGGUGAACCAGGUGACAAGUGUCCUUUCGAACAGGCCAAGGUGAUAAGUGAGCCAGAUAACUUGUCUCCUAUUGAGCAGGUUGAUAUCAAAAGCGAACCAUGUGACAUUUCUCCUGUAGAGUUGGCCAAUAUGAAGAGUGGAACAAGUGCAACAUCUCCUGUAGGUCUGGGGGAUGACAUGUCUCAAGCAGGACAUGUUAGGGUAGAGCAGGAAAACUCCAGUGGUGCCCAGGUCGAUAUGUCCAAGAUUGAUGAAUACAUUGCAGUGUUUGAUCGCUGGGCAGAAAUGUUGUGUGAAAAUACAGAUUAGGUCAAGAGAAUAAAACUGUUGUAUUCUCCUGGUAAAUCCGUCAAAAAGGCGACCAGUCUUAGUCUCAUGUGUAUGGAGAGUUUGGUUUCCUCUUUUUUUAUUGAGUUUGAGGAUGCAUGGAAAUAGACCACGUGAUUGGUACAUUGUGUAAAA